CGACGACAUUCCCAGUCGCCAUUUUAGAACAGAAGAAGCACUGCUGAAACAAUAGCAUUCGGUUAACGUGAGCGAUCCACAUACUUCAAUUGUUCGAUUACUUGUAUAUUUCAUAUUUUUACUUUAUCCUGUGAUCUUGCAUCGCAUAAAUGUCUCGGGACAGAUUUAGAGGAAAUAACCGUGGAGGAUUUCAACGGCGUGGAGGUCCUGGCGGUCCAAUGCGCGGUGGAAUGGGUAACCUGAACAAUUUUAGGCAAAACCAACACCCCUUUCAAAGAGGGCCUCAUCCCGGUAACUUUGGAAAACCACCUAAUCAGGUACCUCAGAUGACCCCUCAGAAGCCAGUUCAACAGCAUCUUGCCCAGCCAGGCGCUCAACCGAUUCGACCACCACCUACUCCUGGCCCUGCACUAACCAUGAAGGGCCCGGUACAACAGCAGCAGGCCGCGGCGGCUGCAGCAGCUGCAGCAUCGCCGCCGGCAGCGCAGCCGAAAAUCCAGGCGCCGCCACCGAAAAUCCAGGCGCCGCCACCGAAAAUCCAGGCGCCGCCACCGAAAAUCCAGUCUCCGCCACCAAAAAUCCAGUCUCCGCCACCGAAAAUUCCGACCCCACCACCGAAAAUUCAGUCUCCACCACCGAAGCCUGUUCUUCCCAAACCGGAGAUCUCGUCGCCCCCCCCAAACCAAAUGAAUAAUAGGAACCAACAAAGACCAGGACCCAGCAACAAUAACAAUGGUAAUGGUCAUAAACCUGCCCAGUUUAACAAAAAACCCGAACCACAGAAGGAAAUUCAGAAUACUGAAAAGGCCGAAGUCGAAGACCAGCAUCCCAAGGAGUUGAGGGCGACUUUGUCCUUGCUGCGGAGACCAGGCGAGAAGACAUACACACAACGAUGCCGCCUUUUCAUUGGAAAUCUGCCCAGCGAUAUCUCGGAUGACGAAUUCAAGAAACUGUUUGCAAAAUAUGGAGAACCCAGUGAGAUUUUCAUAAAUAAAAACAAAGGUUUUGGCUUUAUACGUCUGGAAUCCCGUGCUUUGGCAGAGAUUGCCAAAGCUGAACUGGAUGAUGUACCCAUGAAAGGCAGACAGCUUCGGGUGCGUUUCGCGACACACUCUGCUGCGCUAUCUGUGAAGAACCUGUCACCUUUUGUUUCCAAUGAGCUACUGGAUGAGGCCUUCUCCCAGUUUGGAGUGGUAGAGCGGGCUGUUGUCAUUGUAGAUGAUCGUGGGCGCUCCACUGGCAAAGGCAUUGUUGAAUUUGCAUCAAAGCCUGCUGCACGAAAGGCCCUGGAUCGGUGCAACGAUGGAGUCUUCUUGCUUACCUCGUCUCCUCGUCCAAUUGUUGUUGAGCCUCUUGAACAAUAUGAUGAUGAAGAUGGUUUACCAGAGAAACUCGCUCAGAAGAACCCCAACUAUCAGAAGGAACGGGAGGAGCCACCCAGGUUUGCUCGUCCUGGCACGUUUGAGUUUGAAUACUCUCAGCGCUGGAAGUCACUGGACGACAUGGAGAAGCAGCAGCGCCAGCAGGUGGAGAAGAACAUCCGUGAAGCCCGUGAAAAACUGGAAGGGGAAAUGGAAGAUGCUUUCCAUGAGCACCAGGCCAAUAUGCUCCGCCAAGAUCUGCUGAGGAGGCAGGAGGAGCUUCGACGCAUGGAGGAGAUGCACAGUGCAGAGAUGCAGAAGAGGAAAGAGAUGCAAUUAAGGCAGGAGGAAGAGCGUCGCAUGCGUGAGGAGGAGAUGCUCCGCCAGAGGGAAGUUGAAGAGCAAAUGCGUCGCAAGCGUGAGGAGUCCUACAGAAUGGGCAACUUCAUGGAUACGAGGGAUAUGCGAAUGGGUCAGGGUGGAGCCAUGGGUGACAAUCCUUUUGGCUCACCCAACCAAAAGUUUCCCAUGGGACAUCAAGGCAUGGGGGGACCUAAUGCUGGGGGCGCCAUGAUGCCCAAUGAAAUGCCACGCAAUGAGCGAAACUUCCCUCAGGGAGGCCCUAGGGGAAUGGGUCCUAACAACCCAGGGUUUGGCAGGGUCCGUGAGGAGUUUGAUGGGCCUGCCAAGAAGCCCCGCUUUUAAGUCUGUUCAGUGUCACUCAUAGCAAUUUUUGUGUAGAUUCUCUGAACUUCUUGACAGUCUUGAGUCAUUGUUGUAUUUAAGUUGAAAUAAUUUUUGCAUUUUACCCUGAAGACUCAUUCAUUUUAUGGCAGGUUAGGUUUUGCUUUUCUUUUUUUUGUAUUUGGAGUAGUGUGAAGUUGAUAAAUUGGUCACCCUCAGUGAACAUAUAGCUCUAUUCAACCAAUGUAUAACUUCCUUUCCAGUUGUAUCAUGCUCUGUGACUCGUGUCGUAAAUGGUGGUAAUUGUAACGUUUUCUCACCUUCCUAUGGCUGUGUUUUGUGCCAUUUAAAAUUUGAAGUAGAAACAUGUAACUUUACAAUAAAGACUUCAAUUGGUUCUAUCUAAACCCUCUUACAUUUUAUUUUAGCCCAAUUAGAUUUUAUCACCUAAAUAAGCCCAGCAAGCAUUUUACAAGCCUUAUUUUAGUAGUUAAAGUUGGUUGCUCAAAACCUGCAUAUAAAUUGCCACAAUGUAGAUUUAUUUACUGAGGGUGAACUGCAAAUUUAUAAUUGAACUGAUCAGCGUAUUCUGAUCUGACUUAAAUGGGACCGCAUAAGCAGGUGUCUAUUCAGAAUUUUAGGUCUAUUUAGAAUAGACAUUUUUCUACAGGACUGAGUCUAAAGAUUAUGCUACUUCAGAUGGGAGGUAGGUGUGUGGUUGACUUUGUACCACCAAGAAAGUGCAGUGAUUUGGAUUAAUUCCCCAUAACAUGUAGAAAGGUUCUCGACAGUAAUCCAGCCCAUACAGUACCUCAGCUGUUGCCUAGAGCUGGUCCCAUAACCGUUUAUUGCAACAUUUAUUUAAAAAAAAACAGAUUGUUUUUUGGUACACUUAAAGUACCGUAUAUAAACAACGUAAUCAUGCACUGCAUUUUAUACACUAAAUCAGUUUUCUAAUUUCACUGGAUGGGGAAAUAUGCAUACUUUAGGAUUCACAUGGUUUUCAAAUUGAAUGGAAAACUAUAUGGUUUGUUUUAAAUAUUAGGGUAAUUUAAGUUCAUUAGGCCUAGUAGAUAUUGUAGUUUUGGGCCUAAUUUUGGGAGUUGUCAGUGUUCGUGUUAAACGUUACUAAUUCUAGUGAUGUUUGUUUAUACACUAAUAUUUUGGAAUGCCCGUGGAAAGGGAAAUUUCAAUGCACACUGGUGCAGUUGAGCCUCUUGCAUUAAAGGGGUACAUCACCUUUUUUUCACAUGGCCUUAUUUCCUGUGCUGAUCUUUUAAUCGUUCUAAUUUUCUCUGUAAAGGUUUGGAAUGCAACAACACAGUGAAAAUAAGGCUUCAUGUAAAAAGGGUUGAGUGGUUCUCUUAAUUUCAAACAUGCCAAUUUGGCUAAUUCAAGUGAUAAGGUCUCUGACGUGCUGUUUUGUGUUGACAAGGACUCCAGCCAGCUACAUAACAUUGAAUGGAGGUUGAAGGUCUUUGACCAGUUAAUGUCGCAAAGCAUUACAUCAUACAUCAUCUCAUGACAUUACAUAAUGUGUUCUGUUUCAUUCCAGUGUAUGAAUUUAUGUAAUGUAUCAUACUACAAUGUUUUGGGAAAAUAUCAAGAAUGUGACCCUGAAGAAUUCCAGUUCUGGGAAACCGUAGCCUGUGUAUUAACCCUUCAAGCGGAUAUUGAAUAUGUAGCUAACACCUUCAGCCUACUUCAACACCUUUUGCUAUUUUUAAUUGGCAUUUUUAGAUUUAGAGGCUGAUUAACAGUGUUGUGAACUGAUUAAUUUCACUAGUGAAUACCACUAGCAAUUUUCAGUUUCACACGAGCAGAGUUGGUAAUGUCAGAAACAAUCAUUGGAACACCACUUUUAGAGAUGGGUGUUUCUAACCAUUAUCUUUCCAAAAUGAAGAUGAGUGAUAUAUCAGCCCCUUGCAAUGCAUUUAGGCUGUUAGAACAAAUCUAUUACAGUAUUAAAGUUAGGACUUGAGAACAUGGCAGUCAGAAGACGGUUAGUCUAUUUUUCACCAAGUACGUUAUAAGGAACAGAACUUCUUUGCUAUUGGAAUGUUUUUUUAUUCCAGAUUUUCGGUUCCUAACUUCGCAAUAUUUUUAUUAAUCUGGAAAUUGCACCAUUCCCUAUGUACUUGGAACUCAAUUCAAUUUCAUCUGAAUUUCAACCGUUAUAGCACAAUGAUUGGUCAUGAUUGUGCUGUAUGUUGCUCAAAUUACUAAAAGAGUUGGCUAUACAUUGAGUACCUUGAUUGGAUACAAUGACAAAGUUAUGUAAACCAUAAAACUUUCAAUGUUAUUCCUGUGUGUUUGUUUUCUGUACGUUCCUCCUUUGACAGGUUUGGUCUCUUAAGGUGGCAAAGACAUUUAUAAACCACGGCAUAGGCCUUAAUGAGUGGACCUUGAUACAGUUCAUUCCUUUGACCUGUCCUAAACAGGACAAGCCAAUUAAGACUAAUGUCUUUGUGAAGAUUUGCCAGUUACAUUCAAUUGCCUUUUUCGUAAUGUUACAGGAUGUCUGUGUAAUGGCUACAUUAACAGAACUUUAAGUGGUGUCCCACUGUCAGUGAUUGGGUGAAAUCCUAUCUCAUCGUAACAUGCUGUUAUUGCAAGUCUAACUCAUUUGUAUGACUGGCUAAAUCCAGUUGGACAUAAUGGCUGAUAACCAGGGGUGGGUAGAGUACUGAAAAUCUGUCCUAAAGUAAAAGUACUGUUACUCAUCCUAAAAUGUGCUCAAAAAUACUACUCCAGGAAUAGUAUGAGUACUAUUGGUCAAAAAAAGUACUUGAGUACUAGUUACAUAUUUUGAUCAAGUCAUUAUAACGCCAUAUUAACAAGGAAAAAUGAUUUAAAGAAAAAAUGCAAACUGCAUUUUUAGUGUUUGAGUUAGCAUGUGUUUUCCAGAGUCCAUAGCAUUGCAGAAUAGAAAGUUAAUUGCAAAAUAAAUAAUACUGUUUGUAUUGUGUUGCAAAUUAAGGCCAUCAUACAUGUUACUGGUAAAAAUAUAUAUUCAUCUUGUGUAGUAAUGCUCUGUCUUGUCAAUCAAAUAUUUGUUAGUAAGUUAGGUCUUGGGUGGAAUUACUGACUGCAUUGCAACUAAGCCACCUGGUUAGCAGCAAUUGCUAUCAACUAAAAUCAAGCUAGCUAGAUUGGAUGCUAACUAAAGUGCAUUACUAAAUAAAGUUCAAGUCAAGCCCAAUGAACCAAUACAAAUGUAUACUAACAAGUUGUAUUGUUAUUAUAUAUUGUAGGUUAGCCAGAAUAUUACAUUAUCAAUAGGAUAUAUUCCACUUCGUUAUAUUGUACGUGUUUGUUCAAUGACAAAGUUGAAUAAAAAAGGGCUAUAAUAGGGUUUAGCUGGCUAAACAGCACGCGCUUACCUCUGUGCUUGUGGAGCUAUGAUGAGUUUUUGAAAGCAUAGAUGGUUCCGUCUUUGGGAAUAGACUUUCAUGAUGACUAUUUGCCUAUUUCAAAUUUAAAUCGAAACAUUUCGUGCAACUGUGGCCAUGAAUUGGAAUUUCCCCUCGUCAACGUCCUCCAAUUGACAACUUUCCCUGUCGGUGUCUGUCAUUUAAUUAGCUACGUCUGUGCUCGCACUUCGAUGCAAAUUUUAAGGAGCGGGAGGCAACACCCAAACUCAAAUCGCAAAACAAAAAAACAAUAUUUCACGAAUGACUAAAGUCAAAAUUGUUACGAAAGUAGAUCAAAAGUAACUGAGUAAAGAGUACAAUUUAUUAAAAAAAAACAACUUGAGUAAGGCUAAAAAGUACAGCCACCAGAAAGUAACUAGAAAGGUACUUGUUCAUCUGAAACAGUACUCUUUUACUCAUUUGCGUUACUUGUAACGCAUUUCUACCCAUCCCUGCUGAAAACCAAGAUUACCAAUAAGAUCUUGGUGUCUUGGUAUGUUUUAGAGCUAUGCUUGUUUUAGUCAUAUCUUCCUGGAAUACUUAGUGUCAAUUUGCCUUUCAAAUGUAGAGUUAUGGGCAACCUGUUGUGAUGAAGGCCUUUAUCUAAGUAAUUUUUAUAAGGUUUAUAAAGUUUUAUAAAAUGUCUCAGAUUCUAUGAUAAAGGAAGGAUUCACUGCUGCUAUGUUACUUCCUAACUAUGGUGCAUGAACUGAGCAGGCCAAUGUCGAGUAUUCCAGUCCCCCUUCCUUGCCAAUAAUGACCCAUCCUUAAAGCUUUGUUAAAGAUGCACUCUGCUGCUUUUGUAUAAUUUCAGCCAUUCAUUUGAAGUGGUGCUCAUAAGCUAAGUUAUAUUUGUAAGUUAUAGUUCGUUACUAAGGUUUUAAAGUAUGAUAGAAUCUCAAGACAAAUAAUAUCAAAACCUUAAUUUUUCCAAUUUUUCAUGCAAUAUAACAUUAAUUCAUUAAUACUGAGGAAAGUCCUCUGAAUUUUAGCUAGUUUUAGCAUGGCUUAUUACUAUAGAGUUUUGGUAGCUAACGAUAACAUUGCAACCUGGCAAAAUGUGACAUAGGUGCAAUCCUUGAAAAGGGUUAUCAAGUUGUAGUGUCAAACAAAGUGAGCUGAUGUUUGGGUGUCGAUUUAGAUGUCAUUUUAAUUAGUUUAAACCCUGUACUUCAUGGUAAUGUACUAUAUUCCUUCAAUAAUCACCUUUCUUACGUUUUCUGGCAUUUUUAGCUUGCAAUCCCCUGGCCAUGGAAAAUCGUUAGCUAAUGUUUUCUGUUCUAGUGAGCAGUUCACUUGGUUCUUUAAUGUAAGUAUGAUAUAUGAUUCCUUAAAUGUUGAAAACUUUAAGGUUCUUAGACACUUUGCGUGUAGUUCAUUUUUAAAAUUCAGAUUUCCUUAACACAGAUUGGUAGAUGGUUGUGGUUAUGGUCCUCAACAUAAAGGUUAACAUAGUAGGGGGUACUAUGCUCCAUCAGUUGUAUAUGUAUUAAAAUGUAUUAUGAUCAAAUCUACAGUCCUUUACAAGAGGGUCCACUUAAAAACAUGAUUAUGACCAUGUGAAGGGCAUUGAUAACUCUUAGACAAUCAACCUGAAAUUGGCUUUUGUUAGCUGUGGGAGUUUAAACCCCUGUGCCUUUUUUUGUUUGAAAUAAAUCUAAUAUUGCCCCAAUGUGCUUAACAUCCCAGAGUGCAUCUUUAACAACUUUCCAGAGGUUUGUAUUUGAGCCUCUUGGUUUCGUACUGUUUGCAGAUAGAAUAACCGAUGAGACGAGAAAUGAAUGGUCCAGAUGCAAGUCGUUUUUGCUCAUUACGCACCUUUUAGUAGCAAUGUAGACCACCCUUUAGUUAGUAUCUCAUUGCUGUCCUGACUCCACAUAGACCAUAAGUAUUUCAAAAUAGCUUUGCCUCAAUGACAUGUACAUCCUCUGGAAGUCUACAGUAGAAAAUCCACAUAUUCCUCGUCACCCUUCAGCAGACUCAGGAGACCUGCAUACCUAUGAGGAGCGAGAGGCUUGUCUUUGUAAUGUGUCUUGAGUGCAUGGUGGUGCAGUAGCUGUACAAUAAAGUCCAUCAGCCAGCCCGCCCCAUUCCACAGUAGAGGCUCCAGCAGUUGGUUGCGUUGAGGAUGAGUAGUUCUGCAGAAGUCAGUGGACAAUAGAACCUGGACUUGUGUGCAGCGAGAGGUAUGCUUGCAAAGACGCAGAAAAGGUAAGUGUUCCCGUUUAUGAUUUCUUUGAAUGUCAAAACUGUUAACCGCUCUGCCUUCCUCUCACCUGAUAUGGCGCACAGGGGUCCUGGCAUCACACUUCUGAAAAAUGGAAUCACAGUGCAGAACUUGUUCCUCCCUCUGUAUGUGAACGUGUGGCAAUGUGUGCGUGUUAGCCUGUGCAGUAUCUGGCAUUUUCCGUUUUGACUGAAGCGGAUCUCUGUAUGGAACGAUGUAUACGGACGGCUGUGUCACUGGCUCAACAGUAAGUAGUGUAUGAUGGCGUAUCUCCAACUAUACUUCAGUUCAGUCAAAGCAACUGCUUUUGCAAAUGCUUAUCUUCAAACUGUAACAAUCAGAAACCAAGUGCAAAGACCUCGUAGAUGUGCUUGGGGCUAAUGUUUUUGGUGGAUUUUGACGAGAUUGUGGCACUGUAGGGGACCAGUUUGUAGUUAGAAUAAAUUCCAUUUGGAUGUUGGGUGGGGGUGGGGGGGCUGCUUAGUGGUGAUCAUGAGUUACAUCAAGUAAUGCGUGCAAUUUGUCUGGUGUGUAUAUAUACAAAUAUUAAAGUAGCAUUCACUUUGUCUAUACAGCAAGCCAUGAUGCAUAAUCAUAAAUCAUGUAGAUCUAGCCCUAAAUGCCACAGGUAAUGUGUAUUGUGCAGCAGAAUAUGGCUUUGAUCCAAACCGUAUUUACCACAAUGUGUCCCUGGUUUUUUAUUUUUUUUAUAGGGCAGUGUGAAUCCUGAUAACUUGAUGUGCCCUUGAACAUACCAUGGACUGUUUUGACAGUUGGGGGUAUUUGUCCAGUCUUCAUUACCUCAUUGGCAGCACUUCAGACCCUAUGAAGUUACUGGCAGUGUAUUUUGUAAGAUAUUCAGACUGCUUUCCCAGUGCACCAGCACUGCAGCAGUGAGUUUUAUUAGUGAUUGUUUUUGGCAUGGCAUUAUUUAUGCUUCUACUAUACUAGCACCAUUUGCCUUGUUACGAUGAAUACAUGGCGGCUGGGUGUUUUUUUUUUUUUUUGUUGAUGCACGUUUCCUGAAUUUAUGUGAUUAAGAUAUAGGUAGUGGUUCCAUUUUAACAAAGGACUUAAAAGUUCUAUAUUUUAAGGAUCCUCCUCUAAAUCCUUGCCUGAUACAGAUAUUUGCUGUAGAUUUAUUUUAUUUCAACAGAUGCUAAUUCCAUAUCUUGCAAUCUAUUUUAAUUAAACUCUGACUGGAGAAUGUUUAAACUAAAUGAUUCACAUUCUGUAAUUGUAUAUUUUAAAAUGCCUGCAUCAGACUGUAGUAAGAUUUUAGACUCCAACCAAUGAAAACAGAAUUAUGAUACAAUGGGACACUAGCAACAAAAAUUGACUAUAGCCUAUUGAAUGCAUAUUUAGAUGAAAGAACAAUCUGUCUGAUUUAAUUGUCGGAAUUUAAAGCAAUGGAUACAUACUUUUUUUUUUUAAACCAUGCAUUCUCAUGUCCAUGAUUGCAAACUUUAGAUGUUCAACUUAUCGUGUCUCUAUAGGCUAUUUAAUGUAAUGUUAUUACACUGAAGGCCUGACGCUGUAUUUUAUGGUUAAUAGCAUUGUUAAUAUUCCCAGCUCAAACAUAGUUUCCUGAGGAUGAUCCUUAUGUUGAUUUUAGAAACUCCUUUGCUCCUCUGUAAUUUAGGAAGAUUAUUAAAAAAUUUUUACUGACUUCUAGACAAGGUUAUGUGCAGUAGUGAUGGGAAUAACAGGAUAUUGAAUUCUGAUGAAGAAAGGGUGGUUAUACUUGGCAAUGUUUUAGUCAAGACUGGAAAUGGCAACUUGUCAAAUGAAACUUGUGAAUUUCCAAGUUCAACUGCAAAAUGUUCUUGUGUUAAUCCAUUGAAAUGGACUAGACGGGGACUGGGUUGGGUUUGAUCUGAUGCAUUCACUACCUAGCCAUGAUUAAAAAGCAAGUAGGCACUUGUCUCCAGUGUGGCAUCUAUCAUGCAGCAAUAGUGCUGUUUCUGUGAUUCCAAAAGAUCUGUGGCACUGUCCAAAAAAAAUGGCAGCCCGUUUGUCCUCCCUUGUGCUGUUUGUCCUCUCAAGCCAGUGACCAGCCAGCCAUUUGUAAAGUGUUAUGUACAGUUCAUGAGGACUGUGCCAACCAUCUUUGUGUAGCAGCUUGUAUGUAAACCGUGUCUCAUGCGGCAAACGUGAGUGUUUUUCAUUUUGGACUAAGCGUCUUGUGUAGAGCGCUACCAUGAGUCGUGGAAUCAGCCCCAAGGCUGUCGACUGUCUGCACUGUGAUCCAUUUCCCCUCGGAAGUCUCCUUUGAGUCGCCAGUCUUGUCCAUAUCAUCUUCAGAGUGUGAUGCCAGAACUACCCUUCAGGGCCUCGGGCCAAUCCUGGAAGGGCACUACCCUUCCCAAACUCGUUCUGCAAGACUGCUGUCACAAAUGCCCCUCAUGAUGUGUAAGGUGACCGCGUCAUAGAUGCAAAUCCUGGGGGGGGGGGGUUCUGCAAUAAUAUGCCAGUGUUGACCAAGUCAAGCUUACCUUGCUUUAAGUUCUCAGUCCUCACAUUCCCAUAAGUGUCAUGGCUGUUAUGUAUUUGCCUGUUUUCCUCAGGAAAUUGAAACAUGACUUGAAUGAUGUAGUGUACAUACUGUCUAUAUGCAGCCUUAUUGGGGCUGACUCAAUGUGUUAAAUCUAUCAAAUUAAUUGGAUCAUGCAUUAUUUUAGUGUGUCGGUUAUUUACGUACAGUGCAGUAUAUUGUAAUAAACAAAUAGCCGUUGACUUUUAGACCGAAAAUAGUUGUGUAGUUUAGCCUUCAUCCAGUAAUUAGUGUCUUGAUCACUUUCCUCUGUUCCUAGCUGCAAGCUCAUUUGCUCAUUUGUCACUGCAGGGACUUGGAUUGAUUGAAGGAGGCUGAGGAGCUUCCCUGGUCUAACAUGUUUAACAGAAGAGGCAGUCUGUACACACCUAAGCAAAGAGCCCCCCCAUCCUAAAGCAUGGAUAGGGUCUAUCCUAAAGCAAGGAUGAAGAUCUGCAGAGCUGGACAGGAGGGAUCUCUGAUGCUGAACCAGUAUCUAACCUGCAGAAGCACUGGACUUCAAUGGGCAGAUUUGACAUUUUUUUAUAAUAAAUGUUUAAACUAA